AUGAAAAUAAAAGAAAGGCCAACAUUGAUAAAAAUUCUGUCUCCAUUGAAAUCUGUUCUUAAUAGUGAUAGUGAAUAUAAACUACCAGAACAGGAUCAAUUAAAAACGUUGAAUAGUAUCUUGGGAAGGAGAAAUUUUUUACCAGCGGGUAAUGAUAAAAUUGAUUGUACAAAACAGCCAUCUGCGAUGAUUUAUGAAAUGUCUAAUGAAAAUUAUUUUCCAUUGAAACACUACAAUCUUAGAACAGCAGGCUUUAAACGUAAACGUCAACAUUCAAGUGGAGGAGAAUUUAUAUCAACCUCAAGAAAUCGUUCAAGAUUCCCGCAAAGAUUUCGUUCAAGAUUCUCCGCAAGAAAUCGUUCAUAUUCAGCAUCACAUUCACAUAGGCCAAGUUCUGUGCCAGCUUCUCUUCAAUACCGAUCACGUUCAGAAACUAAAUUAUCAUCUGAAUUGACAAGAGUAAAACAAUUGCAAUCGAUCAAGAAAACUGUUCAAAUAAUUGAUGUUGAGCAUUUACAGGAGCAACUAAGUAUAGCUCAUGUUUGUCGAGAUGCAAGAUUAAAAUUUAUUCCGGAUACAGAUAUUGCAGUUGGUUUAUUUCAUCGGAAUAGUUUAGAAUGUUCAAAAUGUCACAAACGUACGCAUGCAUCAAACUUUCCACCUAAAUGUCUAAUCGAAUCAGCAGUACAAGGACCGAAUGCACGUUUAUAUACUGGAUCUGCUGCAACCGGCCUCGGUUAUGAAGCAAUUAGUAAUCUCAUGUCAUCAUUAUGCUUACCAAUAACUACAAAAAGACAUUUUAUAGAGUAG